UUAGUAUCAACAAGAUUGAGUCCGUAUCGGACACAUUACUGGCGGGCAAUAAUUGUUUUUGCAAUAUCAAUAAAUUGAUAACACGUGGAAGUCUAGUAGUUCAUAAAAUAUUUUUUUUAAUCGACGAAACCGAAGCUAUGUCGAAAAUAGUAGUAAUUGGAUCUUGCAGUGUGGAUUUUACCACAUAUGCACCAAGGCUUCCUAACCCCGGAGAGACACUCAUUGGAACUAAAUUUACAACUAGCUAUGGAGGAAAGGGAGCCAAUCAAUGUGUGGCCGCUGCAAAGUUGGGAGGAAACUCUUUCAUGAUAUGUAGGCUUGGACUUGACCAAUGGGGUGAAAAAUACAAGAAAAACUUUGAUCAACUAGGAGUUGACACUACUUACGUAGCACUAACUCCUGACGUAACAACAGGCAUUGCUCAAAUAUCAGUUGCUGACAAUGGAGAGAACCAAAUAGUGAUAGUGCCUGGAGCCAAUAGUUAUCUUAGUAAAGACGAUGUUAAAAAUGCUGAACAGUUGAUAACAAAUGCUGAUAUUCUCAUUGGACAGUUGGAAACACCACUGGAAACUACUCUGGAAGCUUUCAAAUUGAACAAAGGAAUUAAGCUGCUAAAUGCAGCACCAGCUAGAAGAGGUAUAGAGGAAAUACUGCCUUACUGCACAAUACUUUGUGUCAAUGAGCCUGAGGCUGCCUUACUGACCAAUACUGAUGUCAGUCUAAAAAACGCUGAGGCUGUAUUAAAGAAAUUACUGGAAACUGGCUGUGAAUCAGUUAUUAUUACUUUGGGACCUGACGGAGCCGUUUAUAUGUCUAAACAUGAUCAGGAACCAAUACAUGUUUUUUGUGAUAAUGUUACACCAGUGGAUACGACAGGAGCAGGUGAUGCAUUUGUGGGUGCAUUUGCAACAUACUUGGUGACUCAUAAGGACAAACCCAUGCAUCAAAUAAUUGGAGCAGCCUGUCAUGUGGCCUCACUUUCUGUUACAAUGGAGGGCACCCAAACAAGCUACCCAUCAAAGUUUGAUGCUUUCAAAAGGGUAUAUAAAUACGAAAAGCUGUAAUAAAUAAAACCCUUUUUCAUCUUAACCAUUUAUACUAAUAUUAUUGAACAAACUAAAACUAAGAAGCUCUUAUACAUAGUUAGCAAUAAAAAGCAAUGGUAUUGUAUUCUAUUAAAUGUCCAUAAUCUACCUAA